AUGGACGUCGUCACUGAGCUGCAGGUGGUGAAAGCAUGUUUCAGCCAGACAAUAGGGCAAACAGUUGCCAACCGAGGGUUUCUGCAGCAAACUGCGCUUCCCGCCAAGGCUGACAUGCCCUUUUCCAUCCGUGAACGAUGGAACUCAAGAGCACAGGAUGAUUUGCAACCCAGAAGUACAGAUGGGUUCAAAAAGGCAACCGCCAAGGUGAGCUACCCUGCUGGCCCGACCCCCUGUCGGCGCGGCGGUGAGCAGGCCGGUGCCCUGACAGGGCGGCCACCGAGUGGGGGACCCCGAGGCGCUGCCAGCGGCGCGUCAGCCGAAGGCACCGGGUCUGACGCCUUCCGCUUCGGCACGGUUACAAGCGAGCGCGGGCGACGCCAUUGUCCCCAGCCAGCUCUGGUAACCCAGACGUACGCGCUUAGACCAGAAACUUCCACGUUCGGUGCGCCCAGGCGGCACCAGGCCCAGCUGCAGAAGAUGCAAAAAGAAAAAGUAAACCUGCAAAAUGAGUUGAACGACUUUGAAGAGCGUAUAGAAGCAAUGACAUCUCAUUUGAAAAACGUAAGACAAGAGUUCAGCUUCACUCAGUCUCUUUACAAAGCCAGAGAGAAUGAAAUUGAAACUGAACAACACUUGAAAGCCCUUGCUGAGAGAGAACGUGGACGUCUCAGAAGUGAGAUUAAACGACUGGAAGAUGAGAUAGUUUCCUUAAGAGAAAAGAAAAACAGCCAAGAACGUACUAUAAAUAAAACCACUAAGAAGUUGGAAAACUUAAAACAACAGAUGAACUGUGAUGAGGAAGUUCUGGAGAGCUGGAUAAAGGAAUCAAAUCGUAAAGAUAAUGAUGCUAUCGCAAUCCAGAAGUAUGCACAACAAGAUGAAGGGAAACUAGGAGCAUUAACCCUUCAAGUAGAAAAGUUGACCAUGCAAGCAAAUCAGAAGCGCAGAGCUCUUGAUAAUGAGCUUACAGAAACCGUAACAGCUCAGAUAGAGCUUGACAAGACAGCUGAAGAUUUUCGCAGAGUUCAUCAGGAAAGGCAAGAAGUCAUCAGGCAGUGGGAGAACGCAAUACAGCAGAUGCAGAAGAGAGAUCAACAGAUCGCUCACUGUGCUUUGCUAAUAACAGAGAUAAAAGAGGAGAUCAGAAAGAAAGAAGUUGUGCUGAAAGAGAAAACUUCCUUUUUGGUAAAUGAAACUCUUAAUAAUAUGGAAUACGAAAAGAAAAUUUCUUCAGCUGAACGGGAAGCUACCAGCCUCCGAAAUGAGUAUCGAACUCAGGAUACUUACAGAGUUCGGCUGCAGGAUGAGCUGGAUGCUUUGAAAUCCACUGUGGACAGAACUGCUUCGGAUCUAGAGUCUUUGAGAACACAAGCAACCAAUCUGAAGAAAGAAAGUCAAAAAAAACAAGCCAGAUUAAGCUUUCUUAAACAAAAAAAUGCGAGUCUUUCCAAUAAGCUGAAGGUUGUGACUGAGGAGACACUCAGUUCAGAAGACAAAGCUUUGAGGAUGGAAGAAAUACUAAAGGAAGACGAAAAAAUUGUCAAGGAAAAAGAAACAGAAAUGGACCAGUUAAAAGAACUACUUUUCAGGAAGACUCAAGAGUUAAAGGUGCAGAAAGAUAAGGAGAAGUCUGUUCUAGCAGAAAUCGAGGGAAGUCGAACGUCACUUAAAAAUCUUAAGAGUCAACUGCACAGACUUGAUGCAGACGUAUUAAAACAACAAGAGUUAAUAUAUAACCAGGAUUUUUAUAUUCAGCAAGUACAGAGACGGCUGUCACGGUUAGAAGGAGAGGUUAAUGCAGAUGAAAAACAAGUUUUGGAAGCAAAAGUUGCUGAACUUAAGAAAACCUUAGAAGAAAAGAAAAAUGCAUAUGAUGUUUUACAUGCGCAGCACAAGAAACUUCAGAGUGAUGUCCAGCUCAUCAGGAGAGCACUGGAUAAGACAGGAGAAGAAACAAGCGGUAUGAUGAUCAAGAUAAAUGAACUAAAUCUUUUCAAUGAGAGAUCAGAUCAGGAGUUAAAAAAAGCUAAAGCCAUUAAGCAGGAGAUGAUGGUCGAAGAUAAUCUCUUAAAACUAGAAUUGAACCGUCUUCGAGAUACUCUGUGUAAUAAGACAGAGAAAGUUCUAACACUGGAAAAACAAAAGCUGGAGUUAAAGAAAGCCAUAGCAGAGAGAACAGAGGAAAUUAAGAUCCAUAAGGCAAUGCUGGAUUCCCAGAUAAGACUUGCGGAUCAGGAACGGCAACGCGUAAGUGCUGAAUUUCAAGAUCGCCUAAAUAAAAUUGAUAAACUGAGAUGCAGAUAUGAAAUCCUUACUGUUGUGAUGAUGCCACCUGAAGGAGAAGAGGAGAAGACUCAUGCCUACUAUGUAAUUAAGGCCGCGCAGGAAAAGGAAGCACUUCAACGUGAAGGUGACGAUUUAGAUGCAAAGAUCUGCAAAGCUGAAAAAGAAAUUGUAGCUCUGGAAAACACUUUGCGUGUACUUAAUAACUGCAACAGCAAUUACCGGAACUCUUUCAAGGAAGUCACCGAGACAAGUGAGGAGUAUGAGGAGAAAUUGAAACUAGAGGAGGAGAAGAGGGCUGCUGAUGAAAAAUACCGAUACAAACGCAGACAGAUCAAGGAACUGCAGGAGAAUCUCCAGAGCAUGGAAAAAAAUUUCGAUACGGUGCUGAAGCAGGAGGCCCUCUUCCAAGAGCAAAAGAAGGAAAAACAAGCUCUUAUUUCGCAGCUGAACAAAGACAUAGAAGAACAGAAGCCAAAACUAGAAAGGGUUAUGAACCAGUGUUCCAGACUAUCCAGAGAAAUUCAGUCUCUGAAGAAAACUAAAACAGAAACACAAGAAGAAAGGGACAUUGAUCUUCGUGAAUUGAAAAGCUUCCACAGAAACAUCGACAAAUUGUUAGCUGAUGUUCUAGAAGCAAAUCCUGAUUUAUCUACACCCUUUCAGCUCUACUUUCACCAGUCCAAUUUAGAGCUUCCUACAACGGCUUCUAACGGUGGUAGUCAGAGUUCUCCAUCACCAUCCCCACAAAGCUCGCUAGCUUCUACCAGAUCCUCCAGAAGCGCAGGUUCGGGCUCCAGUCAGACUCCAUCGCUCAGAGUCAUAGACCUGAGCUUGCCUGUCAGCACGCCCGCGGCGGCAGCUGCUGCUGGUUCCCAGCCAGCCAGCAGAGCGAGCGCCUCGGAAACUCGGAAAACUGGCAGCCGACGCGGGGCUGGCGUGGCGCAGGCUCCCUGGCGCGUUCUGCCGGCCGUCUUCGCAGAACUCGCUGUAAGCAGAGCCUCACCUUUGCCGCAGCAGCGCGCCCACCGCCUUCAAGCGCCCUGUAAAGCAAACACCCACCAACGAACCCAAACAAAAACCAAGGCCCGCGCUUGA